CCACAGGCCGGCAAGAUGCGGCCCGUGUCCCCGGAGGGGAAGCCCAACCCGCUGCAGGACGCGAACGUCUGCUCGCGGCUGUUCACCUGGUGGCUAAACCCCUUGUUUAAAAUUGGUUAUGAACGGAAAUUAAAACAAGCUGACUUGUACUCAGUGCUUCCAGAAGAUCGCUCCCAGCAUCUUGGAGAAGAGCUGCAAGGGUACUGGGAUCAAGAAGUUUUGAGAGCCAAGAAAGAUGCAGGGGAGCCUUCUUUAAUGAAAGCAAUCGUCAAGUGUUACUGGAAAUUCUAUUUCGUUUUGGGACUACUUACAUUUCUUGAGUCACUUCGCCUGAGUACUUUGGCCAUGAGGAAGACCACCACAGGCCAGAUAGUCAACCUGCUGUCCAAUGAUGUGAACAGGUUUGAUCAGGUAACGAUGUUCCUGCACUAUCUGUGGGUGGGGCCACUGCAGGCUAUCGCAGUGACCGCCCUGCUCUGGAUGGAAAUAGGAAUAUCAUGUCUUGCUGGGAUGGUGGUUCUCAUUAUUCUUCUGCUUUUGCAAAGCUGCAUUGGAAAUGCAUUUUCAUUGCUCAGGAGUAAGACCGCAGCUCUCACAGAUGACAGGAUCAGGAACAUAAGUGAGGUUAUAACUGGCAUCAAAACAAUAAAAAUGAAUGCUUGGGAAAAGUCAUUUAUAGACCUUAUUACCAGACUAAGAAGGAAGGAAAUUUCCAAGAUUCUGAAAAGUUCCUACCUUAGGGGCAUGAAUUUGGCAUCAUUUUUUGCUGUCAGUAAAAUCAUGAUUUUUGUCACCUUCAUCACCAAUGAGCUCCUUGACAACCUGAUCACAGCCAGCCAAGUGUUUGUGGUGGUGACUCUGAUCGAGUCUGUGCGUUUCUCAAGCACCCUGUACUUCCCCAUGGCUGUUGAGAAGUUAUCAGAGGCUGUCAUCAGCAUCCAAAGAAUCAAGGAUUUUCUAUUACUUGAUGAGAUACCAGAGCUCCACCCUCAGCGGCCAUUGGAUGGUAAAAGGACAGUGGACGUGCAAGAUGUCACUGCUUUUUGGGAUGAGGAAUCAGAAACCCCAACCCUACAAGGACUUUCCUUUACUGUCAGACCUGGUGAACUGUUAGCUGUGGUUGGACCUGUGGGUGCAGGAAAGUCGUCGCUGUUACAUGCUCUGCUGGGGGUGCUGCCCCCGAGCCAGGGGAAGGUCAGCAUGCACGGGAGGAUCGUGUAUGUUUCUCAGCAGCCCUGGGUGUUUCCAGGAACUGUGAGGAGUAACAUUUUAUUUGGAAAGAAAUAUAAAAAAGAACGAUAUGAAGAAGUAAUAAGGGUUUGUGCUUUGGAAGAGGAUUUGCAGAAAUUGAAUAAAGGAGAUCUAACUGUAACAGGAGAUGGAGGAACCCCGCUGAGUGAAGGACAGAAAGCCCGGGUCAGCCUCGCCAGAGCCGUGUAUCAGGACGCAGACAUCUACCUCCUGGACGAUCCGCUCAGCGCAGUGGAUGCAGGAGUCAGCAGGCACUUGUUUGAACAGUGUAUCCGUCAGGCCUUGAAGAAGAAGAUCACAAUCUUAGUGACUCAUCAGAUGCAGUACCUAAAAGAUGCAAGUCAGAUUCUGAUACUGAAAGGUGGAAAAAUGGUGGCAAGAGGAACUUACUCUGAGUUCCUGAAAUCUGGGAUAGAUAUUUUUUCCCUUUUUGAGAAGAGGAAUGAGCAGUCUGAACCAUCUCCAGUUCCAGGAACUCCCACUGUGAUCUCUGAGUCUUUGGUUCAGUCUCUCCAGUCUCCCAGACCCGUGUUGAAAGAUGCAGCUCAAGAGGACCAAGAUACUAAGAAUAUACAAGUUACACUACCUCUAGAGGACCAUUUGGAAGGAAAAGUUGGUUUUAAGACCUAUAAGAAUUAUUUCACAGGUGGUGCUGACUGGCCUGUCAUCAUCUUACUUAUUCUAGUAAACAUCGCAGCUCAGGUCGCCUACACCCUGCAGGACUGGUGGCUUGCAUACUGGGCAAAUGUACAAAAUGACCUGUAUUUUGGGAGAUAUGUAAAAGAAGAUGAAGAUGUAGUGUUCGUUCUGAACUGGUACUUAGGAGUUUAUUCAGGGUUAACUGUGUCUACUGUCCUUUUUGGCAUCACACGGUCUCUGUUGAUAUUCUACAUCCUUGUUAAUUCUUCACGAACUUUGCACAACAAAAUGUUGGAGGCAAUUUUAAGAGCUCCAGUAUUGUUCUUCAAUAUAAAUCCAAUAGGAAGAAUUUUAAAUCGUUUCUUCAAAGACAUUGGGCAUAUGGAUGACUUGUUGCCCCUGAUAUUUCAAGAUUUCAUCCAGAUAUUUCUACUUGUGAUUGGUGUCGUGGUCGUGAUGGUGGCUGCAAUUCCUUGGACUGCUAUACCUGUGAUUCCCCUUGGCAUCAUUUUCUUUGUUCUUCGGUGGUAUUUCUUAGAGACAUCACGAGAUGUGAAACGCCUGGAAUGUACAACACGGAGCGUGGUGUUUUCCCACUUAGCAUCUUCUCUCCGGGGACUCUGGACCAUCCGGGCGUAUAAAGUUGAACACAAGUUUCAGGAAGUGUUCGAUGCACACCAGGAUUUGCAUUCAGAGGCUUGGUUCCUGCUUUUGAUGACAUCCCGAUGGCUCGCUGUGUAUCUAGAUGUCAUCUGUGCCAUCUUUGUCACUGUUGUUGCCUUUGGGGCCCUGAUUCUGGUAGAAUCUUUGGAUCUCGGGCAUGUUGGCCUGGUCCUGUCUCUCACGCUCACACUUACCGGGAUGUUCCAGUGGUGCGUCAGGCAAAGUGCCGAAGUUGAGAACAUGAUGAUUUCACUAGAAAGGGUGAUUGAAUACACAGACCUUGAGAAAGAAGCAUCCUGGGAACUCGAGUAUCGUCCACCACCAUCCUGGCCCAAUGAAGGACUGAUUUCUUUUAUCAAUGUGAACUUCAGGCAUAAGUCAGAUGGGCCUCUAGUACUGAAGAAUGUGUAUGCAUACAUUUACCCAGGACAAAAGUGUGGCAUCGUGGGAAGAACAGGAGCUGGAAAAAGUUCCCUCACUGCUGCCCUUUUUAGAUUAUCAGAACCAGAAGGUGAAACUUACAUUGAUGAUAUCUUGACAACCAGCAUUGGACUUCACGAUUUGAGGAAGAAAAUAUCAGUUGCACUUCAGGAACCUGUUUUAUUCACUGGAACAAUGAGGAAAAAUCUGGAUCCCUUUAAUGAGCAUACGGAUAACGAACUGUGGAGUGCCUUAGAAGAGGUACAACUUAAAGAAUCCAUCAAAGGUCUUCCUGCUAAAAUGAAUACUGAAUUAGCAGAAUCUGGAUUGAAUUUGAGUGUUGGUCAGAAACAACUGGUGUGCCUUGCCAGGACUAUUCUCAGGAAAAAUCAGAUAUUGAUUAUUGACAAAGCCACAUCAUAUGUGGAUCCAAGAACUGAUGAGUUAAUACAAAAAAAAAUUCAUGAGAGAUUUUCCCAGUGCACUGUGCUGACCGUUGCACACAGGUUGAGCACCAUUAUUGACUGUGAAUGGGUAAUGGUUUUUGAUUCAGGGAAACAGGAAGAAUAUUAUCCACCAUAUGAUUUGCUGCAAGAUAGAAACAGCCUAUUUUAUAAGAUGGUUCAACAACUGGGUGAGGAAGAGGCUGCUGUCCUUGCUAAAAGGGCAAAAUAGGUGUAUUUCAAAAGGAGAUAGCCAGAUAUUACUCACAGUGACCCUGUGGUUAUGAACGUUUCCAGUGGACAGCCCUCAGCCUUAACAAUUUUUGAGUCAACACUGUGA